AUGUCGGACGUGGGCGAGAGCAACCACCACAAGCGGUCCAAAUCCGCCGCGGCGCUGUCGCUGUUGCGUCGCAAGGACACUCGCGAAGACGAAUCCGGAACUGAAGACGAUCGAUUGUCGACCACAGGCAGCCAUGCAUCUCCUCCGAAGCAUGCUACGUCAGCCCCCCGCGGCCACAGCUCGCGGCUGUCGACACCGUCGGCCGUUCUGAGCAGAACACCGUCCAACAACCAAACCGCUGCAAGUGUAAAGGGCUCCCCUAUUCAGGAUAUCAAGACCGGCAGCCUCGAGCAGUCGGUGCGCAAGUUCAGGGUUGUCGAGGCCCUGCGGAGCGGGGACACGGCGUCCAUUUCAAAGGCCAUUCGAGAGACGGCGGACGGCGUCCCACGUGCGAGCAUGUCGUCGCUUAGCGGGUCCAGUGCUGGAGCGCUCGAAGAUACCACCAUACUUCAUCUGGCCAUGCAGUGCGCCGAGUUCCCUGUUAUCGAAUACGUUCUCUCCGACGGUCUUGGCAGCUUGGAUGUAAAUUCUCGAGAUAAGGAUGGCAACACCCCGCUGCACAUUGCUGCCAUGCACGGCCGUACUCAGGCAGUCAAGCUGCUCCUGGAGCAGAAGGAAAUUAACGAUGCCAUCGCAAAUUCCCAAGGGAAGCUGCCCAUCGACUUGGCGCGAACCCCCGAGAUCUUCCAGCUUCUUCAGCUUUCUCGGUCCAUGUUCACAGAUACAAAAGUGCAGCAAAUCCAGGACCUCAUCGCCAAGAGCGAUUAUGAUACCCUUGCUCAGGUGCUGGAGGAGCAGCGGCUGAAGACGAUGCUGGACAUUAACAGCACCGAGUUUGUAAGCGACCCGGCCGUUGCCCAGGCUGGAGGCACCUUGCUUCACGAGGCGGCCAAAAAGAAGAAUAUUCAGCUCAUUCAGGUGCUUCUGCUCCACGGUGCCGACCCUUUCCGUCGCGAUCGAAAAGGCAAGCUGCCCCAGUCAAUCACCAGUGACGACAACGUCAAGGCCAUUUUGAAAAAGUCGCCAGCCGCUGUGGCAGCUCAGAGGGGAAUUCAAGAGAAAGCAGUGCUGGGACAUGCGGCCUCGCAAAACGCAACCGCUGGUGGCCCUGCUGAUCCCUUGGCAGGCCGCGAGGCUCGGGAGAUGAAGGGAUACUUGAAGAAAUGGACCAACUAUCGCAAGGGCUACCAGCUGAGAUGGUUUGUGCUGGAGGAUGGAGUGCUGAGCUAUUACAAGCACCAAGACGAUGCUGGCUCGGCAUGCCGCGGCGCCAUCAACAUGAAGAUUGCUCAGCUCCACAUGAGCCCAGACGAGAAGACCAAGUUUGAAAUUAUCGGCAAGUCAUCUGUUAAGUAUACGCUCAAGGCAAACCACGAAGUAGAAGCCAAGCGAUGGUUUUGGGCCCUCAACAACUCCAUCCAAUGGACCAAAGAUCAAGCCAGGGAAGAAGAACGACAAGCAGCCCGCAGCGCUGAGCUUCUUCGAAUUGCCAAGGCCGACCAGAGCGGAUCAGUCUCUGCCCAAGACUCUCACAGUGAGAACACGAGCAUGACGGACUUGCGACGCGUCAGCACGCAGCUACAAGCGCGCCCGAUCCUUAGUGUCAAGAAGUCAGACAUGACUGGCACCAGCAUCGGCAGCGUAGAUGAGGAGGACUUCGUGGAUACCUAUACAGAGGCGGAUGCGAUGCAAGGUCACGAGCACCCCGCUGGCCCUGGCACCCUACCAGGCGACGGAGACGACGAUGACGAUUAUGGCGAGGAAACGAGCGGCCGUGAAGAGCCCCAGGCGACCAAGGAUGCGCUCAAUAUUACGGCGCAAUCAGCAAAGCUGCAGCUCGAGACUAUGGGAAGCGUCCACUCGGCUCUUAUGGCAGAACUCACCCGUAGUCCUGCCACGACUUUGUCGGAUACAAAGGUAACGCAGGCCCUCUCUACAUACGACGCUGCCAUCCGGAGCUUGACGGCCCUGGUUGGCGACCUGCUCCGGAUUUCCAAGGACCGCGACGCAUUUUGGCAGUACCGGCUUGAUCGUGAGUCCAACAUGCGACGAAUGUGGGAGGAAAGCAUGGCACAGGUGGCUCGUGAGCAGGAAAUUCUCGAGGCCCGCGUUGGUGAAUCAGAGAUGAAGCGUAAGCUCGCAAAGAAGGCGUUGCGAGAAGUCAUGGAGCAAGGCGCCUUGCCGUCCGCCAGCGUCACGCCAACAAUGGAAAGGGUACAAGAAGAGGUUGAGGAGGUCGAAGUCAUUGUAAAGGCAGCUACCCGCGGCUUACCUCGAAAGCCGACGGCUCUCGAGCAGAUGGCGGAGCUGUCUGACAGCGAGUCUGGAGUGGAAGACGAGUUCUUUGAUGCCGUGGAUGCCGGCGACGUUGAAGUCACCGAGAUGCCUCCUAGCGACACUAAACAGGAAAAGAAGGACGUCGUCAUUUCGGGCAUCGACAUCAGCAGCUCAUUCUCUGGAUAUGAAAACGGAAUUCGGCACAAGCUCAAAAUGGAGAGCGAUGACCGGCCGAAGAUUUCUCUCUGGGGGCAGGGUAUUCUCAAGUCUAUGAUUGGCAAGGAUAUGACGAGGAUGACGCUGCCCGUCUCGUUCAACGAGCCUACGUCCUUGCUGUACCGUUGCGGUGAGGACAUGGAAUACGUGGAGCUCCUCGACCUCGCAGCAGAACGCUCUGAUUCAAUCGAAAGACUCAUGUACGUAGCCGCAUUUGCCGCCAGUGAGUAUGCGUCCACGAUUGGCCGCGUCGCCAAACCUUUCAAUCCCUUGCUCGGCGAAACUUUUGAGUACGUUCGUCCGGACAAGAACUACCGCUUCUUCAUUGAGCAGGUCAGCCAUCACCCACCGAUUGGCGCCGCCUGGGCAGAGUCGCCAAACUGGACGUACUGGGGCGAAUCCCAUGUCAAGUCAAAAUUCUACGGCAAGUCGUUUGACAUUAACCCUCUUGGAACAUGGUUCCUCAAGCUCCGACCUACCGCCGGUGGCAAGGAGGACUUGUACACGUGGAAGAAGGUCACAUCUUCGGUAGUUGGCAUCAUUACAGGAAACCCCACGGUGGACAACUACGGCCCCAUGGAGAUUAAGAACUGGACAACUGGGGAAGUGGCGUUGGUCGAGUUCAAGGCCAGGGGGUGGAAGGCCUCGAGCGCGUACCAGAUCGUCGGCAAGGUCAUGGAUGCCUCGGGCCAGGUGCGCGUGAGCCUCGGCGGGCGAUGGAAUUCGAGACUAUAUGCCCGACUGACGCCAGGCUACGAGGCUGCUGUUGACGAGCCCUCAACGAAGAACAAGGAUAUUGUUCACCGUGGCAGCAUUGCAGAUCCCAGCCGAGCCUACCUCAUCUGGCAAGCCAACGAGAGGCCGGCCGGCAUUCCUUUCAACCUGACUCCAUUUGUACUGACGUUUAACCACAUCGACGACAAGCUAAGACCGUGGAUUGCGCCCACAGACUCACGCUUGCGGCCAGAUCAGCGUGCCAUGGAGGAGGGAGAGUAUGAUUUCGCAGCGACGGAGAAGAACCGACUGGAGGAGAACCAGCGAGCUCGCCGGCGAAUGCGUGAAAAUGCCGGCGAAGAAUUCGUCCCCGCAUGGUUCACCAAGGCGACUUGCGAAAUCACGGGUGAAGAGUACUGGCAAUUCAACGGCAAGUACUGGACACAGCGAGAAAAGGCCGGGCCUGAUGGCGAUUACGAGGCUGCGUGGGGAGGGUUGGAGCCGAUAUACGACGAUAUACCUGCUUAG